AUGAAGCAGCUCUUCCUGCAGCUCCUCUGCUGCACCUGCGCAGCGCUAUGGCUCACUCGGGCAGAGUCCUACCUGAUUGGCGUCGGAAAGGCGGACGUCACUGGGCCUGCCGCAGAAGUGAACAUGAUGGGUUAUGCAAAGGAGGAGCAGAACGCUGCGGGCAUCCAUACGCGCCUGUACGCGAGGGCUUUCGUCAUUGGUGAUGAGGACGACGUGCGGCAGCGAAUAGUUUUUGUGAAUCUGGAUGCUGGCAUGGCUUCCCAAGCAGUGACGUUGGGGGUGCUUGACGCACUUGAGAAUAUGUAUGGCGGCCUCUACAAUGAAAACAACCUUGCGAUAAGCGGCAUUCACACACACUCAGGGCCAGGUGGCUACCUGCAGUAUCUCCUGUAUUCUAUCACAGCGAUGGGCUUCGUGAAAGAGAGUUAUGAUCCCAUUGUGAAAGGUAUUGUCCAGGCGGUUAAGCAAGCUCAUGAGAGUGUGGUCCCUGGUAAGAUCCAUGUGAAUUCUGGAGAGCUGUUGGGUGCGAGUAUCAACCGCAGUCCAACAGCGUACAUGAACAACUCAGAGAGCGAACGCAAGCAAUACCUCCAUGACACCGACAAGGAGAUGACCUUGCUUCACUUCACUGACAGUUAUGGAAGGUCGUUGGGGAGUCUGAAUUGGUUUGCAGUUCAUUGCACUUCUCUCAACAAUACCAAUACUCUCAUUAGUGGAGACAACAAAGGUGCAGCAGCGCAAAUGAUGGAGAAGUUUUUCACGUGUCCUGGUCCUGGUCCUUUUGUUGCUGGCUUUGCACAAGGCGCUGUUGGAGAUGUGUCUCCCAACACUUUGGGUCCGUUUUGCAUGGACACAGGUGAGCCGUGCGAUGCGGUGACCAGCACCUGCAAUGGCAGGAACGAGCUGUGCGCUGGCCGGGGCCCAGGCUGGCCAGAUAUGUUUGAGAGCAACAGGAUCAUCGCUGACCGACAGUUUCAGAAGGCAGUGGACCUGCUGGUAUCCGCCUCUGAGGAGGUGAAAGGACCAGUCGAUUUUAGGCACAAGUAUGUUGACAUGACCAACGUAACGGUUGCAGCCACCAACACCACACCAUCUGGGACUACGUGUCCUGCUGCCAUGGGGAUGAGUUUUGCAGCAGGAACAACAGAUGGUCCAGGGGCCUUUGAUUUUAAGCAGGGAAGUAAGAACGCCAGUGCGUUUUGGAAGCUUGUGCGCAGUGGCAUCAAGGCACCAUCCAAGCACCAGAUCCAGUGCCAGGCUCCCAAACCUGUGUUGCUCGACACUGGAGAGAUGGACUACCCAUUUGCAUGGCAACCUGCAAUAGUCGAUGUGCAGAUCUUGCGCGUUGGCCAGAUUGUGCUUCUGUGUGUCCCUGGGGAGUUUACCACCAUGUCCAGUCGUCGCCUACGGGCUGCAAUCCGCAAUGAGCUUGAGCCCUCGCUUGGAGAGCUGCAUGUGGUUUUGGCUGGCCUGACCAACACAUAUUCCAGCUAUGUCACAACAUAUGAAGAGUACCAUGUCCAGCGGUACGAGGGCGCCUCAACGAUUUUCGGUCCCCACACGCUCCAGGCAUACAUACAGGAGUACAAGGAAAUGAGCAGGGCAAUGUUGGCAGGCUCUGGGGUUCCACGGGGACCCUCGCCCCCGAACCUUCUUGGCAAGCAAUGGUCACUCCUGCCAGGAGUCUAUUUCGACAGUGUGCCUCUUGGGUGCAAGUUUGGCGACGUUGUAACAGAUGUGCGCAACAGCUCAAUAUACGUUGGUGACACGGUGGAAGCAAAGUUCAGAUCCGCCAACCCACGGAAUGACCUGCGCACCGAUGACACAUUCCUGGCUGUGGAAUAUCUAGAAUCGGGCACCUGGGUGACACUGUUCACGGAUGAUGACCUCAGCACGCGAUUCAUUUGGCACGAGCCCUCAAGGCUCGAUCCCUACUCAACAGCAACCGUGCGUUGGACGAUCAGCCAUGGAACGAUACCAGGGCAGUAUCGCUUGAAGCACUUCGGGAAUCACAAGACUUUGUUUGGGAGCAUAUGUCCGUUCGAGGGUACAUCGAGUGUAUUCUCAGUUUUGGCUUCUAAACAAGCGACUGUGGAUAUUGCUGUCACACGAUAG